UAUAAAUAUAGCCUGAAUGGAAGGGCGCUGCAACAAGUGUAAGGGCAGAAAAACCCUUAACCUCAGCCAAGCAGCAGUAAUUCUUCCUCUUAUAUUAAGCAUGGAGCUUCACAGAGCAGCAUUUGACAUGAACGGUUUCUGCAAGGGCAACUUAGCAGAGACCCAAACCUACGGUGAUAUAAAUGGUUUUAACGAUUUAGCCGUAGAAUCAAACCUGUUAGUUCAGUACAAGCGAGACAGUUCCUCUGAAAAAGAAGCAGAUCAUCUCGAUUUAGAGACUGCUUAUGCCACAAUUUUAAGAGGGUUAGGAGAAAAUCCAGAGAGAGAAGGUCUGCUUUCAACUCCCAGGAGAGCAGUAAAAGCCAUGCAAUUUUUUACAAAAGGUUACAACGAAACCGUUUAUGAUAUUCUCAAUGAUGCAAUAUUUAAUGAGGACCACGAUGAAAUGGUGAUUGUGAAAGACAUUGACAUGUUUUCCCUAUGCGAGCACCAUUUGGUUCCGUUCUUUGGAAAAGUUCACAUUGGCUAUCUACCAAACAAGAAGGUUGUUGGACUUAGUAAACUAGCAAGAGUUGUUGAGAUCUUCACUAGACGACUUCAAGUUCAAGAACGACUUACGAAGCAGAUCGCAGUAGCAAUAACUGAGGCUUUAAAACCAGCUGGAGUUGCAGUUGUUAUAGAGGCAGUACACAUGUGCAUGGUCAUGAGAGGGGUGCAGAAGAUGAGCAGCAAGACCGUCACCAGUGCUAUGCUGGGCGUUUUCAGAGAAGAUCCCAAAACUCGUGAAGAAUUCUUAGCAUUAAUAAAGAGUUAAGCCAUUACUUCUCCUGCAACAGUGAUGAUCGACAUGAAUGAAAAAAAAGCAGAGAACAGAAGGAAUCCUGUGCUAAAACACUAACUUCUUGUGAUCACAUCUUACUGCUGGCAAUAGUUUUCUCUAUUGCACUAUUGUUAUUAAAGUUCUGAAGAUGUGAUACUGAAAGCUA